AUGGCGAAUACAAGUAAUGUGACCAAGUUAGUUAUUGUUGGUCUUUUCCAGGAUCCAGAGGUGCAGAGAGUGUGCUUUGUGGUGUUUCUUGCCGUGUACCUGACCACGGUGGUGGGCAAUGGCCUCAUCAUUGUGACAGUCAGCAUCACUAAGCAUCUGAAUUCCCCCAUGUAUUUCUUCCUUAGCUACCUAUCCCUAGUGGAAAUCAGUUACUCCUCUACUAUUGGCUCUAAAUUCAUCGCAGACUUACUUGUCAAGAUUAAAACCAUCUCCCUGGAGGGCUGUCUGACUCAGAUAUUCUUCUCUCACUUCCUUGGGGUGACUGAGAUCCUUUUGCUUGUGGUGAUGGCCUAUGACCGCUAUGUGGCCAUCUGCAAGCCUCUUCCUUAUAUGAACGUUAUGAGCAGCCUACUAUGUUAUGUACUUGUGGCUGUUUCCUGGCUUGGGGGCUUUUUUCACUCCAUCAUUCAGAUUCUCAUCACCAUCCAAUUGCCCUUUUGUGGUCCCAAUGUGAUUGACCACUAUUUCUGUGACCUCCAUCCAUUAUUCAAGCCUGCUGGCAGUGACACCUCUAUGGAGGGAAUUAUUGUGCUGGUCAACGGUGGAUUAAUCUCUGUCUUCUCCUUCCUCCUCUUGGUGUCCUCCUAUAUUGUCAUCCUGGUCAACUUGAGAAACCGUACUGCAGAAGGCAGGCGCAAAGCCCUCUCUACCUGUGCUUCUCACAUCACAGUGGUGCAUAUAUAUUUUCAAAUUAGUGUUUUU